AUGCUCUCCAACGUCGCAGGCGACUGUCUGGCAAGACUCCUGAAGACGAGCUCUGUCAAUGACGACUCUGACCUCGACGGAUUGAGAGAUGAUGGUCAGAGAUCGUUUGAAGGCUUGCGAGGAGUAUUGCAGCAGUACAUCUACUCAACAGAACCGCCGGCAUACACCGAUGUCGACGAGCUCAUGAAGUCGCUCGAUCCAUUCACAAGGACAACAGUCGCACGCGGAGACAUGGACCGGGCGAUCUGGCUCACCAACUUGGCAACCUUCGUGUGGACAAUAACGUACCCCGAUCUCGCUGCCAGCCUUGCCGAUGCUGAAGAGGCGCAAGGAGAUAAGGGCAAGGGCAAGGCGAAGGCAAUCGCCCUGUUGAGCCCCGAAGACAAGAUUCGGAGGCGCAACGGUGUCCUGAUCGACGCAUGGAAGAAGUUCUGGCUGGCCAUGGGUGACACGAGUGUCGAUGCAGCGUUGUCAUUGUGGCUGGACUUGGCGACUCUUAUUGUCCUCACGUAUCGCCUGCCAACAAUAGACCCAUUUACUGCGCCCAAUACAGCGCUCGCCUCCCCGCCAGAGGAUCUCCUCCAGCAAUUGUUCUCCGCAGACGCAUUGCAAGAGUUUGGCCACUUACCGGUGGAUUACGACGCAAGGCAGCGAUGGCAAGCGGCAGCGGAAGAGCGCCGAGAGGAGGUGAGGGUCAAAUGGGCUAGGGUCGCGCUGACGACCGCAGCUUGCAUCUGA